GUUCAUGGCUCCCAGCUCCUAAGCUCUCUUCGCCUCUUCCAGACACCGUCUUUAUUAAAGGAGAAGAGAUCUCCUUGAAAUGCUCCCUCCCAGAAGAAUAUUGGGCAGAAUCUUUCAUUUUCUACUGCAAGGAUCAAUCCGAUUUAAUAGUCACAUAUGUAAACAUCAAUAAAAAUACCUUCAAACUCAGGACUGCAGGUGUGAACUCAGAUCGAACGAAGAUAACAUGUGUAUGCUGGUUCCGGGAUCCACCUGGGGGAUGGCCUCCUUCUCCUCAAAGCAACCAGCUGGUCUUCUUCGUCAGUGAUGCCCCUCCAGCCCCACUGCUGAAAGUGGAUCCGUUGUCCCAGAGGGUGAAGGAAGGUGACCCCUUUGUCUUCCUCUGCUCAAUGGAAGGAGGAGACCGAGAGAAGAGGUUCCACUUCUACAAGGAUGGGGUGGAGAUCACCUCCAGUGAAGAAGGUCUUCUGGAACCCUCCACUGACCCCACAAACACUCUUCAAAAUGCCUAUCUGAGAAUCCCUCAUGCCUCGUUCAACCACAGUGGGGAAUUUGCCUGCAGUUAUGAAGAGAAGAGAAGCGACCGAUGGGUCUCGUCUUCUUGGAGUCGAGGGAAGAAGGUCACAGUUGAGCCAGUUUGGACCCAAGAUUCAAAUCUUAUAUGGAAACAUUCCUGGAUGGCGAUUCCUCUUAUAAUCCUACUGGUUCCAUUUGCCUUUUAUUGGUGGAGGAAGAAUAACACAUCUCCACCCCAUGAGCAGUUCCAGCUGGUGGAACAGAAAGUGGAAGGUGAUCUUCUUGGAAUGAUGGAAACUCAAGCAACAACAGCAGCUACAUCUUCAUCUGCCAAGGACUCUGAGGUCACCUACAGCUGCAUCCAGGACUCCUUCACCCGGUCUCCUCCUGGACCAACAAGGGAGAACCAUCCUACACCGUGGGAAGAAGAGGGGGUAUUGUACAGUGACAUUGCGUUCCAACCCAAAAGGAGGCUGCAAAGUCAUCCCUGA